ACAAGUGCGAGGUUUGAAUAAGGCAGCAGAGGCUGGGGCUGGCUUCUCCGUCGGCAUCUCCUCGCGGGACACAGCCUUAGUCAGCCUAACCGAGGCGGAACGAGAAGAAAGGAAAGAGAAGAACAGCAGGGAAGAGCUGCAGGAAGAGAAAACGCUGCCUCUGGGCUGAGAGGAGGGGUGCCGGUCUUAUCCAUGCCGCCUCGGCAGACAGCCUGAAAGCCGUCGAGGGCUCCGUGUCCUUUUCAGGAUGUCUUUCGAUGACCUGAGGAGUGCGGGCAAGACGGCGGACAGCGAGCUGGAUCGCUACGAGAGCCAGGAUGAGGUCGUACAGGUGCGGAUUGGUAGUUUGCCCGUGGACCUGCUCACAGCCAGCGACUUUCGAGGGAAGUUUAAAAAGAUCCACUCCAAGAGGAGGCCCACCAUCCUCAAAGCUUCACCAGUCGGAAACGGAUACAGCAAGCCGCCCAUCCCCCCGGCCUGCAGCGUGCAAGGAGACAAGAAGGGCCCUCCAACCAUGGCGCCCGUCAUCGUGGACCCCGAGAGCAAGCCGGGCGAGUACAUCCUCAAGAGCCUCUUCGCCAACUUCACCACGCUGUCGGAGCGCAAGAUCCGCAUCAUCAUGGCCGAGCCUCUGGAAAAGCCACUGACAAAAUCCCUGCAGCGGGGGGAGGAUCCACAAUUUGACCAACUCAUCAGCACCAUGAGCUCGUUGGCCGAGUACUGCCUCCCCUCCAUCCUGCGCACGCUCUUCGACUGGUACAAGCGGCAGAACGGCAUCGAGGACGAGUCCCACGAGUACAGACCCAGAGCCAACACCAAGUCCAAAAAUGAUGAGCAGCAGAAGGAUUAUUUACUCGAAAGGAGGGACCUCGCCAUUGACUUCAUUUUCUCUCUAGUACUUAUAGAAGUUUUGAAACAGAUCCCACUCCAUCCUCUGAUAGACAACCUUAUCCAGGAAGUCAUUAACUUGGCAUUCAAACAUUUUAAAUACAAAGAAGGGUACCUCGGUCCCAACACUGGCAACAUGCACAUUGUAGCAGACCUCUACGCUGAAGUUGUGGGAGUUGUAGCACAGUCCAGGUUCCCUGCUGUGAAGAAGAAGUUCAUGGCGGAGCUGAAGGACCUGAGGCACAAGGAGCAGAGCCCGUAUGUGGUCCAGAGCACCAUCAGCCUCAUCAUGGGGGUCAAGUUCUUCCGCAUCAAGAUGUACCCCGUGGAGGACUUUGAGGCCUCCUUCCAGUUCAUGCAGGAGUGUGCCCAGUAUUUCCUGGAGGUGAAAGACAAGGACAUUAAGCACUCCUUGGCUGGGCUCUUCGUGGAGAUUUUGGUUCCUGUGGCAGCGGCUGUGAAGAACGAAGUGAACGUGCCCUGUCUGAGGAACUUUGUGGAGACUUUAUAUGACACAACGCUUGACCUGUCCUCCCGGAAGAAGCACUCUCUGGCACUGUACCCCCUGGUGACGUGUCUGCUGUGUGUGAGCCAGAAGCAGCUCUUCCUCAGCAGAUGGCACGUCUUCCUCAACAACUGCCUGUCCAAUCUCAAGAACAAGGAUCCCAAAAUGGCACGGGUGGCGCUGGAGUCCCUCUACCGCCUGCUGUGGGUCUACAUGAUCCGGAUCAAGUGCGAGAGCAACACCGGAACUCAGAGCCGUCUCAACACCAUCAUCACCACGUUGUUCCCUAAGGGGUCCCGCAGUGUGGUGCCCCGCGACAUGCCCCUCAAUAUCUUUGUCAAGAUUAUCCAGUUCAUCGCACAGGAAAGACUAGACUUUGCAAUGAAAGAGAUCAUCUUUGACCUGCUCCUUGUUGGGAAACCAGCGAAAGCCUUCAGUCUAAAUCCAGAGAGAAUGAACAUUGGUCUGAGAGCAUUCCUGGUCAUCGCGGACAACCUGCAGCAGAAGGAUGGAGAGCCGCCCAUGCCCAACACGGGGGCCACGUUGCCUUCUGGGAACACGCUCAAAAAGAAGAGGACCUUCCUGAGCAAGACUCUGACAGAGGAGGAGGCUAAGCUCAUUGGCAUGGCCCUGUAUUACUCUCAGGUCCGAAAAGCCAUGGACCACAUCCUGAGACACCUAGACAAGGAGGUGGGGCGCUGCAUGAUGAAGACCAAUGUGCAGAUGCUGAACAAGGAGCCGGAGGACAUGAUCACAGGCGAGAGGAAGCCGAAGAUCGACCUCUUCAGGACGUGCGUGGCCGCCAUCCCUCGCAUCCUGCCGGAUGGCAUGUCAAAGCUAGAGCUGAUCGACCUGCUUUCACGGCUGACGAUCCACAUGGAUGACGAGCUGCGCCUCAUUGCCCAGAAUUCCCUGCAGAGCCUGCUGGUGGACUUCUGGGACUGGCGGGAGGAUGUGCUGUUUGGGUUCACCAGCUUCCUGCUGCGGGAGGUGCAGGACACCCACCCCAACCUGCUGGACUCCUCCCUCAGGCUGCUGCUGCAGCUGCUCGCCCAGUGGAGGCUGACCCUGCAGAGCCCCAGCAAGGCCCGGGCAGCCGAGCUGCAUCAGAACGGUUCUGGUCACAGAACCCCUGUGGAGCGCAGCCACUGCACCGUGCUGCACGCCGUGGAGGGCCUGGCCCUCGUGCUUCUCUGCUCCUGCAAGACGGCCACCCGCAAGCUGGCGGUGGCCAUCCUCAGAGAGAUCCGCUUGCUCUUCUCCGCCAUUGGACAGGCCGAGGACGACGAUAAGCCCAUGAUCGAGGUGAUGGACCAGCUGAGCUCUGCUGUCCUGGAGAGCUUCGUACACGUAGCGGUGUCGGAAUCUGCUACCCUACCACUGAGCCAUCACGUGGACCUGCAGUGGCUGGUCGAGUGGAACGCCAAGCUGGUCAACAGUCACUACGACGUCAAGAGCCCCUCCCACGUGUGGAUCUUCGCCCAGUCCGUCAAGGACCCCUGGGUCCUCUGCCUCCACAGCUUCCUGCGGCAGGAGAACCUGCCCAAGCACUGCCCCACGGCUCUCAGCUACGCCUGGCCGUACGCCUUCACCCGCCUGCAGCUGCUCAUGCCCCUGGUGGACCCCAACAAUCCUGUGAAUGCCAAGAAGACAAGCACUGCCAGCGUAGGGGACAGCUACGUGACCUUGUGGAGGAACUACCUGAUUCUGUGCUUCGGCGUGGCCAAGCCCAGCAUCAUGAGCUCAGGUCACCUGAGGGCAUCCACGCCAGAGAUCACUGCCACGACCCCCGACGGCAGCGUCAACUACGAUAACAAGGUGAUUGGAACCCCCUCAGUGGCCUGGCUCCUGAAACAGCUGGUACCCCUGAUGAGGUCAGAGAGCAUUGAGAUCACUGAGUCUCUGGUGCUGGGAUUUGGACGGACCAACUCCCUGGUUUUCAGGGAACUGGUUGAGGAGCUCCAUCCUUUAAUGAAGGAAGCAUUGGAACGAAGACCAGAGAAUAAGAAGCGUCGGGAGAGGAGGGACCUCCUGAGACUGCAGCUGCUGCGCAUCUUUGAGCUGCUGGCGGAUGCCGGCGUCAUCAGUGACAGCACAAACGGGGCUCUCGAACGAGACACACUAGCCCUGGGAGCCCUCUUCCUGGAGUACGUGGACAUGACCCGAAUGCUGCUGGAGGCGGAGAAUGACAAAGACGUGGAGAUCCUGAAGGACAUUCGUGCUCACUUCAGCGCCAUGGUGGCCAACCUCAUCCAAUGUGUCCCCGUCCACCACCGCCGGUUCCUCUUCCCGCAGCAGAGCCUCAGACAUCACCUCUUCAUCCUCUUCAGCCAGUGGGCGGGGCCUUUCAGCGUCAUGUUCACCCCACUGGACCGCUACAGUGACAGGAACCACCAGAUCACCCGAUACCAGUACUGCGCCCUCAAGGCCAUGUCUGCGGUGCUGUGCUGCGGGCCGGUGUUCGACAAUGUGGGCCUCUCCCCGGACGGGUACCUCUACAAGUGGCUCGACAACAUCCUGGCGUGUCACGAUCUGCGGGUCCACCGUUUGGGGUGUGAAGUGGUCAUUCUGCUCCUCGAGCUCAACCCGGACCAGGUCAACCUGUUCAACUGGGCUGUGGACCGCUGCUUCACCGGGUCCUACCAGCUGGCCUCGGGCUGCUUCAAGGCCAUCGCCACUGUCUGCGGGAGCAGAAACUACCCAUGUGACAUUGUGACCUUGCUGAAUUUAGUGCUCUUCAAGUCCUCUGACACCAACAGGGAAAUCUAUGAAAUUUCAAUGCAGCUAAUGCAGAUUCUGGAGGCGAAGCUCUCUGUGUACUCUAAGAAGACUGCAGAGCAGAAGCCUAGCAGCAUCCUGUACGGCACCCAUGGCCCUCUGCCUCCCCUCUACAGCGUCUCCCUCUCCCAGCUCUCUAACCAGCUGGCCAGGAUGUACCCAGAGCUCACCCUGCCACUCUUCUCAGAGGUCAGCCAGAGGUUCCCCACCACCCACCCCAAUGGGCGCCAGAUAAUGCUGACCUACCUGCUGCCCUGGCUGCACAACAUAGAGCUGGUGGACAGCGGGCUCCUGCCCCCAGCCUCCAGCCCCUGCACACCGGAAGAGGAGGCCCGUGACCGGGCCGACAGCCUGGGACUCUCCCAUCAGCUCAAGGGCAGCGGCUGGGGCUCCCUGCAGGCCACCUCGCUCGUCCUCAACAACCUCAUGUUCAUGACCGCCAAGUACGGCGACGAGCUUCCCGGCCCGGAGAUGGAGAACGCCUGGAACGCGCUGGUCAGCAACGACAAGUGGAGCAACAACCUGCGGACCGCGCUGCAGUUCCUCAUCAGCUUGUGCGGAGUGAGCAGCGACACGGCGCUCCUGCCUUACGUGAAGAAGGUGGUCAUCUACCUGUGCCGGAACAACACCAUCCAGACCAUGGAGGAGCUUCUGUUCGAGCUGCAGCAGACCGAUCCCGUCAACCCGGUGGUGCUGCACUGUGACAACCCGCCCUUCUACCGCUUCACAGCCAGCAACAAGACCUCUGCAGCUGCCUCCGGUACCACGUCCAGUAGCAAUACAGUGGUUGCCGGCCAGGAGAGCUUCCCAGAUCCGGAUGAGGCUAAAGUGGCCAGAGAGACUGAGGAGAGGAUCAGUAACGCAACCCGGGCCCACAACAGGCUGGAGUCCCGCUACAGCAACAGCUCAGGGGGCUCCUAUGACGAGGAGAAGAGUGACCCGCUGCCGCCGUAUGCUGGUUGGCUGAUGAACGUGCUGGAGACCAAUCAGCCCCAGCCCCUGCCCAUGCCUGUCAACGGGGGGUGCUGGGCGCCGCUGGUGGAUUACCUGCCAGAGACCAUCACUCCCCGAGGACCCCUGCACAGGUGCAACAUUGCAGUGAUCUUCAUGACAGAGAUGGUGGUGGAUCACAGUGUGAGGGAAGACUGGGCUCUGCACCUGCCCCUGCUACUGCACGCUCUCUUCCUAGGCCUGGAUCAUUACCGGCCAGAGGUGUUUGAGCACAGCAAGCGGCUCCUCCUCCACCUCCUCAUCACCCUUUCCUGCAACAACAACUUCCAGGUCAUCGCCUCCGUCCUGCUGCUCACCCGAGAGAUGAGCAACAGCAAGACUCUGACUAUCAAGUCCAGCUACCAGCCUGAAUAUCUCUACACAGGUGGCUUUGACUUUCUGCGGGAGUGCCAGGCCUCCCCAGUGGCUGACUCUGGCCUCAGCUCCUCCUCCACCUCAUCCAGCAUCAGCCUGGGGGGCAGCAGCGGCAACCUGCCCCAGAUCUCCCUGGAGCUGGAGGAGCUAGAGGAGAGCUCCACUGAGGCCGAUGAGAAGACCAACAAGCUCAUCGAGUUCCUCACCACCAGGGCAUUUGGACCCCUGUGGUGCCAUGAGGACAUCACACCGAAGAACCCCAACUCCAAGAGUGCGGAGCAGCUGGCCAACUUCCUGCGUCACGUGGUGUCCGUGUUCAAGGAGUCCAAGUCAGACUUCCACUUGGAGCACCAGCUGAGUGACGUGGCCCUGCAGACGGCGCUAUGCAGCUCCUCGCGCCACUACGCCGGGCGCUCCUUCCAGAUGUUCCGGGCUCUGAAGCAGCCGCUGUCCGCCCACGCCGUGUCCGACCUGCUCUCGCGCCUGGUGGAGGUGGUGGGAGAGCACGGCGACGAGGUGCAGGGCUACGUGAUGGAGGUCCUGCUCACCCUGGAGUCUGUGGUGGAAAACUUAGCUGAGUGCCUGAAGAACAAUGACCUGAUGGCUGCCUUAACAAGGGCAUCAUCACCAGAUUUCCUGACCAAUGGGAAGCUGACAAACAAUCGAAAGAGCACGGGGCAGCUGAACGUGCCCCCAGGGGCCGGUGGAGGUACGGCGGAGCGCAGCCGGCACCAGAGGAGCUACUCCGUGCCCAAGAAGUUUGGGGAGAGCGGGGAGCGCUCUGCUGACCCCCCGCGCAGCGCCACGCUGGACCGGAUCCAGGCCUGCACCCAGCAGGCCGGCCUGGCCCGCACCACCCGCAGCUCUUCCUCCUCCUCCAGGGACAACAGCGCUGUCACCGACCCCGCCCACGCCAGCCACCCCGCCAACCUGCUGGCCACCAUCUUCUGGGUGGCGGUGUCGCUGAUGGAGUCGGACUUCGAGUUCGAGUACCAGAUGUCCCUGCGCCUGGUGCACAGGCUGCUGGCCCGGGUGCCCCUGGACCGGCCGGAGAACCGGGAGAGGCUGGAGAAGCUGCAGGCCCAGCUCCGCUGGAGCGGGUUUUCUGGCCUGCAGCAGCUGAUGCUCAAGGGCUUCACCUCCCCUGCCACCGUCGACCUCACCCUGCAGCUCUUCUGCCAGCUCACGCCUGUCUCCCGGGUGCCUGUGGUGGACACCUCACAGGCCAUAGGGUUCCCGCUGAACGUGCUGUGUCUGCUCCCUCACCUGGUCCAGCACUUUGACUGCCCUACGCAGUUCUGCAAAGAAAGUGCUGAGAGAAUCGCCCAGGUCUGCCAGGAAGAGAAGAACACCAAGCUGUCUCACCUGGCCCACGUGAUGACCUUGUACAAGACACAUUCCUACACCAGAGACAGCUUCUCCUGGGUGAACGUGGUGUGCCGGUACCUGCACGAGGCCUUCUCGGACAUCACCCUCAGCAUGGUCACCUACAUGGCAGAGUUGUUGGAUAAGGGCCUUCCUAGUAUGCAGCAGUCCCUCCUGCAGAUCAUCUACAGCCUGCUUAGUCACAUGGACCUCAGUGUGAUCCAGUUCAAGCCUUUCAACGUGGAAGUGCUCAAGACUAUAGAGAAGUUUGUCCAGACGGUGCACUGGAAGGAAGCCUUGAACAUUCUGAAACUGGUGGUGUCUCGCUCUGCCAGCCUCGUCCUGCCGGCCUAUCCGCACGGUGACCUGUCACACCUGGAGGUCAGCCGUGUGUGGGACAGCUCCUCCAAGGCCCUUCCAGGGAAAACUCUCGAGUUCCACUUUGACAUCUCUGAGACGCCGGUGAUUGGCAGGAGGUACGAUGACCUGCAGGGCUCCGCCGGACGAGACGGGAAGGCCAGGGCCAUCGCGGUGACCCGCAGCACCUCCUCCACCUCCUCCGGGUCCAACUCCAACAACGUGCUGGUGCCCGUCAGCUGGAAGAGGCCACAGUCGUCACAGAAGAGGACUCGGGAGAAACUGGUCAAUGUGCUGUCAUUGUGCGGACAGGAAGUGGGGCUCACAAAAAACCCAUCGGUGAUCUUCUCGUCCUGCGGUGACCUGGACCUGAUGGAACACCAGCCCAGCCUGGUGUCCUCGGAGGACGGCGUGCGGGAGCAGGACACCAUGGACGACACCGCCUCCGAGCAGCAGUUCCGCGUCUUCCGGGACUUCGACUUCCUGGAUGUGGAGCUGGAGGACGGAGAGGAGCUCCAGGGCGAGAGUGUGGAUAACUUUAACUGGGGCGUGAGGCGCCGCUCGCUGGACAGCGCAGACUUGCUGCAGGAGCUGCUGGAAGAGAGUCAGCACUCAGGCGACACACCCGGGCACAGCAAGGACUCAGACGAGUCGUCAGAGGAGGAGUCUCUCACUGCCAGUCAGAUCCUCUCCCACUCGCAGCUGACAAUGAACCUCUCUCCCUCUGAGGAGACCAACAACACAGACUCCCUGUCUACCUCCUUCGACACCACCUCGGCCGACCCGCACUCCCUAAACGCCAGAACUCCCAGUUUCGAGGUCUCCCUGCCAGAAGAUUCGAAUCAGAGGGCUGAGGUUUCAGUGGAAGACGAGGACACGAACGUGCAUGAGGAUGACCUGUCACUCUCCGUCAACGAUUUGCCUGCGGGCUUCGACUGCAGUGACAGCUUCACAAUGGAUGUGGAGCACAGAGAUAACAGAGGGGAGCUGGACCUGGACCCCAGCUGUCUGCCCAGCCUUGCAGAGGAGGGGGACCAGCUGCAGGAGCCGCACUCCUCCCCGCCCCCCUCGCCCUUCUUCUCCGCCAUCCUGGCCGCCUUCCAGCCGGCUGCGUGCGACGAUGCCGAGGAGGCCUGGCGCUGCCACAUCAACCAGCUGGUGUCCGACUCGGACGGCUCGUGUGCCGUCUACACCUUCCACGUCUUCUCCUCCCUCUUCCAGAAUAUCCAGAACAAAUUCUGCUCUUUAACCCGUGAUGCUGCCGGCUAUCUUGGUGAUGGCCUUCGUGGGAUUGGCUCAAAGUUUGUAAGCUCGUCCCAGAUGUUGACUUCAUGUUCAGAGUGUCCCACACUCUUCGUCGAUGCAGACACGAUUCUCUCCUACGGGUUGCUGGAGAAGAUGAAGUUCAGCGUCCUGGAGCUGCAGGAGUACCUGGACACCUACAACAACAGGGAGGAAGCGGCUGUCUCUUGGCUGCAGAACUGCAAGGCCACCUUCCCCAGGGGGUCUGGCAUUGGAGUGGUCACCUGCCAACCAGGGGACUCGGAAGAAAAGCAAAUGGAAUCACUGGCACAACUGGAGCUGUGUCAGCGCCUCUACAAGCUCCAUUUUCAGCUGCUGCUGCUUUUUCAGUCCUACUGCAAGCUGAUUGGUCAAGUCCACGCUAUCAGCUCUGUGCCAGAGCUGCUAAACAUGUCCCGUGAGCUGAGCGAUCUGAAGAGCAGCCUCAAGCUGGCAGCAGCGUCGGUGGCCAGUGACCUGGCCGCCCGGGAGGGCCCUGCGACCGAAGCCACCUUCAGCUCCUCCGAGGCGGCCGUGCAGGCCAUCCUGGAGUGUCUGAAGAACAGCGAGUUCACCACCGCCAUCCGCCACAUCCGAGAGUGCAGGAGCGUGUGGCCCAAUGACAUCUUCGGUGGCAACUCGGAGGACUUGGUCCAGACUCUGCUGAACAUCUACUUCCGGCACCAGAGUCUGGGCCAGACGGGCACCUUCGCUCUGGUGGGCUCCCGGCAGGACCUGUCCGAGAUCUGCGUGAAGCUGAUGGAGCUCAACGGCGAGAUCCGGGACAUGAUUCGCCGAGCCCAGGGCUACCGGGUCAUCACAGCCUUCCUCCCGGACUCCAGCGCGUCCGGCACAAGUCUCUGACAGGAGGAGUUCUCCACCAGGCCCCAGCCCCAGCCCCAUCCCCAACUCGAACCCCACACCCUACCCCCACCCCAAAUCCAGCUCCAGUGCCAGCCCCGACCCCGCGUCCCUCUUGGGGGUGCUGCUGUCCCUGCGGAGGGGUACCCAGAAAUCUUUCCCCCUACCUAGAGAAACUGGGGCACGCCAUCGUGACUCUUUUCAGCUGGGGUUGGUGGGGAGGUCCCAAAAGUAAACAGGUUUUCAGGUCUUCAGGUGUGCAGCAAUACUGUGUGAGUGAAGGUGAUGUGAGACACUGAGGAGUUUAGAAGUUACUGAACCUUGGCUUUGAUUGCACUAAUGAGUUGACAGAUUUUCUGUUGAAGGUCAUACAGCAGUCAUAUCGGCAGCCAGCGCUCGCUGCUGAGAUCAGUGAUGUACUUCCAUAUGUAUCAAAGAGGACAUACCAAAGCUGAACGGACUUAUUCUUCUGCAGAAGUUUGCUGUUAUAAACAUUUCUGGGGGAGCUGUGCAAUGCCACUCUCAGCCGAGGGCCUUUUUGCUGUCCCAUGGUGAAAUAAUGUGUUUGAAUUCAAAGGCUUAGUUCUGAAGAGCUUACCAGAUAAAAUGACACAUAAAUCUUGGUUGUUGUUAGCUGGCCUAAAGAUGAGAGCCUGUGCACAUGUGAAUCAAACUGUAACCAGACUACCAUCCAUUGUACACUGUAACGUAUCAAUUUGUGCGUACACACACUGAGCCGCAGUACUUCAAGGCACAUCGACGUUAACGCUGUAACACUACUGUUUCUCAUAGAACUGGAUACCGUCCUUCCUUGUCAUGUCACUUGUGAUUGGUCCCUAAACUUUUUACGGGUGUUGUUUGCUUUCUACUGUGUAAUUAUUUGCUUCUAGAACUAUUUAUAUCAUGAAGAAGAAAAUAUGCAUACUGGUGGUGUUUGCUUUCUGUUGUGUACUUAUUUGCUUCAAAGGUUGUUAUUUAUAUUAUCAAGAAUUCAACAUGCAUUAAACUUAGUUUUAUAGAAUGAAUGUUGUCUGCUACAACUGCCACGCAUGCAUAUUGUAUGUACUAUGAAUUGUAUUAGAAAUAUUUAACAUAAAUUUGUAUUUUACCUGAAAGAUGCAUUUGUAUAUAGUAGGAGGGGAGCUUUGCUCGUGUGGCAAGAUUUUAUUUUUUAAUUUGUGCAUGUAAACAAAGAGAAGGCACAUUUUUAAAGCUUCCAUGUGGAAGGUUAUCAAUGUAGAUUUUUCACCUUGUAAAUACUUUUACAGCUUUUGUGAA